AUGGCUAGCGUCCUCUUACUCUUUGCGGGUGCCGUUGUCCUGCUUCUCGUCAGGAUAUUGAAGACGGCUGUACCUCGGUGGCUUUCGCCCUUUGGUCGCCUUCGGGGCCCCCCAAGAGGACACGUGUUAUUUGGCAAUCUACUACAGAUCGGGUCCAACCAUCCGCAUCUGCACACGAAAUGGUUAGAAGAAUACGGGCCUACUAUACGCGUUUUCGGUAUAUUUAACUUCCCCUGGUUAUACACGACCGAUUUGCGGUUGAUCAACCAUAUCCUCACGCACUCUAUGGAGUACUUCAAGCCGGAGGAGAGCCGCAAGGGUCUUUCUAUGCUCCUCGGACAAGGUUUGCAGUUCUUGUAUACAAGACACGAUGGAGACCUGACCGGCGAAACACACAGACACCAGCGGCGUAUCAUGAACCCUGCGUUCGGCCCAGGUCAAAUCCGUGGGCUGACAGAGAUUUUCCUCGAGAAGGCGAACAACCUCUGUGAAUACUGGAAUUACCAGGUUGCAUCGUCCCCUGAUGGGACGUUGCGGACGAAUGUCAUGGAUGGCCUCAGUAAAAUGACACUCGAUGUCAUAGGUCUUGCAGGCUUCAAUUACGAGUUCGACGCCCUCAACCCAAAUGAACCUCCAAAUGAGCUGAACCGAGUGUUCGCCGAGCUCUUCAAGACCCCUCCCCCAAUCACAGUUGGCAGGAUUCUCAAGGAUCGGGUGCCUUUCUUCAGUCGCUUCGUACGUGACGAUCGUACGAAGAAGACCGAGGACGCUCGCGAGACUAUGCAACGCAUAGGUAUGCAACUACUGCAAGAGAAGAAAGCGGAGAUUCAACGCGAGUACGGCGAAAAGGGCACAGGCGCCAUCGAGAAAAAAGAUCUGCAAGGCCGUGACCUGCUUACUAUUCUCAUCAAGGCGAAUAUGGCGACCGACAUUCCCGAUGAUCAGAAGCUCACUGACGAGGAGGUCGUAGCUCAGGUGCCUACUUUCCUUGUUGCCGGACACGAGACAACCAGCACCGCCACCACCUGGUGUCUCUACGCGCUAUGCAAGCAUCCCGAGAUGCAGCAAAAACUCCGCGAGGAGCUUCUCGCGGUCACGACCGACAUUCCAACCAUGGAAGACCUCAACGCGCUGCCAUACCUUGACCUCAUCAUUCGCGAGUCCCUCCGCCUGUAUGCACCCGUCACGCUCACAAGCCGCGUGGCGGUGCACGAUGAUGUCCUCCCUCUGUCCGAGCCGAUCACGGACAAGAACGGGAACGUCCUUCACGAGAUCCCCAUCCGUAAGAAACAGCGCAUUGUCAUCCCUAUCCUUGCUCUGCAGACGUCGAAGCGGAUAUGGGGCGAGGACGCGUUUGAGUUCAAGCCUGAGCGGUGGGAGCACCCACCUGAAGCCAUAGCAGCCAUUCCGGGCGUGUGGAGCCACCUGCUGACCUUCCUUGGCGGCCCCCAUGCGUGCAUCGGUUAUCGCUUCUCGCUCGUCGAAAUGAAGGCACUUGUCUUCACGCUCAUCCGGAGGUUCGAAUUCGAGCUGGCAGUACCCACCGAGCAGGUCGUCCCGCAGGGCCAAUUUCUCCAACGGCCCGCGUUGACCAGUGAUCGGAAAGCGGGUGCACAAUUGCCUCUAAUAGUCAGAGCAUACAGGGGCGUCUGA